UGAAAAGGCAUCUUCAGCUCCAUUCCUUUUCCUCUAUGCCUUUCAAGUUUCAAUUCAACCAUGGCUUCCAGGAUCCUUUUUGCUUUUCUUUUGCUAAUAAUCCCUUAUGUCAAUCCACUUUCCUUCAACUUCUCUAGCUUCUCUCCCAAUAUGCAAGGCAUUCGAUUCGAAGGCGAUGCUUUCUCGUCCAGUAACGUUCUUCAGCUCACGAAGAACAAUGCAAUCGAGAGCCUUACCGGUAGCAUCGGACGUGCCUCGUACGAUCAACCGGUUCGUCUUUGGGACGCUAGUAACCGAAGGCUAACAGACUUCACCACACACUUCACCUUCAUCAUACAAGCCGUCAAUCUUAGCGAAUACGGUGACGGACUAUCCUUCUUUAUGGCACCGUUCGAGUCUGAAAUGCCCCGGAAUUCGAGCGACGGGUACCUUGCGUUAUUCGAUCCGGACAUGGCUACCUCUAACUCCUCCGAAAAUAACAUCGUUGCAGUGGAGUUCGAUAGUUUCCGAAAUGAAUGGGAUCCAAGUGAUGAUCAUGUAGGCAUCAAUGUCAAUUCCAUCAUAUCUGUUACAAAUGUAACAUGGAAAAGUAGCAUUAAAGAUGGGAGAAGGGCUAACGCAUGGAUAAGUUAUAAUGCUACCACAACAAAUCUAAGUGUGUUUUUAACUUAUGCUGAUAAUCCAGUUUUUAGUGGAAACUCUAGCCUUGCACUUACUGUUGAUUUGAGGGAUGUUUUACCGGAAUGGGUUAGAAUAGGUUUCUCGGCAUCCACGGGUCGUCAAGUUGAAAUUCACAAUAUUCUCAAUUGGAGUUUCGAUUCGAGUUUGGAGACUGGUGAAGGGGAAGGGAAAAAUUUAGGGUUGAUCCUUGGUUUGGCACUCGGUUUUGGUCUAUUGGGUGGCGGGUUGUGUUUGUUUUUCUUCAUCAUGAGGAGAAGAAGGGCACGUUUGAACGACAAUGAUGAGGCCAUCGAUGUCACUAUGGAUGAUGAAUUCGAGAAAGGGACGGGACCGAAGCGGUUUACGUAUAUUGAACUAAGUCGUGCGACGAACGCUUUCGCUGAGGUCGGAAAGCUCGGAGAAGGAGGAUUUGGAGGGGUUUACAGGGGCUUGUUAAGCGAGUCAAACACAGAAGUAGCAGUAAAGAGGGUCUCGAGAGGAUCUAAGCAAGGGAAAAAAGAGUACAUAUCAGAAGUGAAGAUUAUUAGUCGUCUGAGACAUCGAAAUCUGGUUCAAUUACUCGGUUGGUGCCACGAAAAAGGCGAACUCCUCCUUGUUUAUGAAUUCUUACCGAACGGAAGUCUUGAUUCUCAUCUCUUUGGGGGUAAAAUAAUGUUAACUUGGACCGUAAGGUACAAAAUUGCACUUGGUUUAGCCUCUGCUUUAUUGUAUCUACAUGAAGAGUGGGAACAAUGUGUGGUACAUAGGGACAUAAAAUCUAGUAAUGUCAUGUUGGACUCAAAUUUCAAUGCAAAGCUUGGGGAUUUUGGCCUCGCAAGACUUGUUGACCAUGACAUGGGUUCACAAACAACUGUUUUGGCCGGCACCAUGGGUUACUUAGCCCCCGAAUGCGUCACUACGGGUAAAGCUAGCAAAGAAUCAGAUGUUUAUAGCUUUGGAGUCGUGGCCCUUGAGAUUGCCUGCGGAAGAAAGCCGGUUGAAACUAGGCAAGAACCGAGCAAAGUGAGGAUGGUAGAAUGGGUUUGGGACCUUUACGGUAAAGGCCAACUUCUUGAAGCCGUGGAUAAUCGACUCGGCGACGACUUCGACGAGCAGCAAAUUGAACGUUUGAUGGUCAUUGGGCUAUGGUGCUGCCAUCCUGAUUAUACUCUUCGGCCUUCGAUAAAGCAAGUUAUAAAUGUCCUGAACUUUGAAGCUCCAUUGCCUAGCUUGCCGUCAAAGUUACCGGUGCCGAUGUAUUACGCACCUCCGAUAGAUCUCUGCAAAUUUUCUUACACGACAUCAUCAACUGGUGUCACAGAUUCAGACAAAGAUCGAACUCAAUGUUCUUGUAGUAGCUGUUCUACACGUGCAUAUUCAACAACAUCAAGCUCUGCGACAGCUCUUUUAAAUUCUCAAAAGAGUAAAUAGUAUUUCAUUUGUAAAUCUCCAUUUCAUACAAAUUUAGGUAAAUAUAGCAUGACAUGUAAGUUUGUGUUUUGUUCAUGUAGAAUAUUUCUUUUUUGGAAAUUGUGAUAAAUGGAUACUUCAAA